GUAUAGUUUUUUAUCUAAACAGGAGUGUAAUGUCGCAAGUGCUGCAGUUAGAUGCAUUGGUCACAAUACUGGCCUGUCUCUCCACAACGCAAAGUCAACUAGACAGUCACAUGCUUUCCACAAGCAAUUUGACUACAGAAAGUUGUCCAUUGUCAUCGUUUAGUGGUCUUACCGCACGAAUUCAGGGACUAUCCAUUGAUAUUGCCAACUUCAAGGAACAAAUUGGUAGAUUGCAGGAACAACUUGUGGAUCUUCGUCGCUCGAGUACAUCAAAAAUUUUUACAUCACCUGAGGUGCCCAGGGGCUUCAGCUCGAGAAAUUUUGAUGUGGAGCCACGGCUGGGGAUGAGUGCUGCAGUGCCAUCUGUUGCCAACGUGCAUAGCGAAGUUGGAUUAGGAGUCGAGACAAGUGAACCUAGCACACCACGCAAUUGCCUAAAACAGCAGCACGGCGUGGUGCGUAUUCGUCCACGGGCUAAUAUGGAUCCGUUUUUUGUAUUUUGCGAUCAAAAAAUCCGUGGCGGGGGCUGGACUGUGGUUGCUAAUCGUUAUAAUGGCACCGAGGACUUUAACCGUAAUUGGGUGGACUAUAAAAUUGGCUUUGGGCCAUUAACAGCAGAGUUCUUUAUGGGACUGGAAAAAUUGCACCAGAUCAGCAGUAGUGAAGACUACGAAUUGCUUGUGCAACUUGAAAAUCGCAAGCAGGAGCUACGCUAUGCAUUAUAUGAUCAUUUCAGUGUUGGCGGAGAAUCUGAGCAGUAUCGUCUGAAUGUAUUGGGCAAAUACCAAGGUGAUGCUUCCGACGCACUGCGCCAACACACUGGAAAAAAAUUUACUACAUUCGACAGAAACAACUAUGAGAGUGAAGUAAACUGUGCAGUUUCACAAUCGGCUGCAUUCUGGUAUGCUAGCUCCUGUAGUUUAAGUAAUCCAUUCGGCCUUUAUCAGCGUUUGCUCGAACGUGAUGUUGAUGGCUUUAAGGGCAUAUUGUGGAGCGGUUUUCUUGAUGGACCCAAGGGAUCAUUAAAACGUAUGCAAAUGCUGAUACGACCUCGCACCAUAAACAAUAUAUAAAGACAUCCUUAAUUGUCAGUUACAUAUGUUGUUAUAUAUUUUAAAGUACAUAUGCUGUUUAAUACAUC